CAUCAGCUCGCCUUUUUUUACUAACCAGACCUGUCUGAUUCUGUCAUACUUCGUACUCAAAUUCAUCCAUCGCGGUACAGCCUCAUGAACUAUAUGAACUGCAUCCCAAGCGCAUUUUGACUCAAAGCGGUCGGCCAUGGCAUAUCAUCGCGCUCUCGUCCAUGUCAACGACCGCCCUGGGCUAAUUUUCAUGACAUCAAUAUUCUUCGUGAUAGGGAUAUUUGCAGUAUUACUCCGCUUCUACUCUAGGCGACUCUCAAAAGUCCGUCCAGGACCUGAUGACUGGUUUGCUCUGGUUUCCCUUUUCUUUGUUCUUGCUCUCAAUGGAAUAUUCCUCUCGGGCGUAAUCCAAGGCGCAAUAACUGGUCACUCCAUAGUUCUAAACAACUGGCCCCAACCCAGCGCGCUCGAAGUCCUUGUCCAGAAAUACAAAUAUGCUUUCCAGACGACAGAAAAAAUCGUCUUUGGACUGAUCAAAAUUUCCAUCUUAUUCCUGUGGAAGCGCAUGCUGAGUCCCAUUCGCUCAUUCCAGCUGUUCUGCUGGAUUAUGAUUGGGAUUGUUGCUGCUUGGAGUAUAUCUUUCUUCUUCGCGACCUUAUUCCAAUGCGGGACGCACUGGGCCUGGAAUUGGGCGCCAAUCGGUUUUUUUCUGACUCAGUGCACGGAUACGCUAAAUAUGCUGACGGUGUUCUGUGGGACGGAUGUGCUGACGGAUUUUGUGAUUAUGCUUAUGCCUGUGCCGAUUAUUUGGAGGUUGAAGAUGUCGGCUAAGAAGAAAAUCGGGGUCACGAGUGUGUUUAUGGUUGGGAUAUUCACGAUCGGUGCAGGAAUUGCGCGGACGUAUAUCUAUCUUGUGACGUCUUACGAUAAAGAGGAUAACCCUGAUUUCAUUGCCGAUUUCACGCUGUUUAUCCUGUGGUCGGAGAUCGAGGUCAAUGUAGCUAUGAUUGUUUGUUGUAUGCCAGUGUUUGGACCUGUUCUUGGACAAUGCCGCGAUACUCUUUACCGCCGUUUUGUUCAGCAUGACGACGGCGAGUUAGGCCUCCUUCGACAUUCGGCAUCGGCUUCGAGAACAGACGGCAAGGUACAACUCACCAUUUCCCGCGCUUCAAACGGGUCUUAUGCGCACCAUGAGCAGGGUGGCCAAGAAACAAAAGUGGAUGUCCCCUAGUUGGUCAAACUCGGACAUGGAGUUGUAUUGGCCAAAGGUGGCCCGGGGAUUUAAUGUUAUGAAUCAGACUGAAGCAGGAAAAAGGGAGAUUCGGAUUCGGACUAAUAUCUUAUCCCCCAUUAUUACGGGAGCUAAAUACUGGCAGCGAGCAUAAUGUAUCUCGUUGUUAAUCCCCUAACUAGGGAGUAAUGAUGAGGAGCAGGAGGGAGAAGCAUUAAUGGAAUAGAUUGGUUUAUCUAGAAACUGGAAACCGGGAAAUGAAAGGAAGAUGAUGGAAAAAACAGAAGGGAGCAGCAAUACUAUGUUAUUGAAAUAUCUAAACUCUGAGGGGGAAAAG